AUGGCAGACAGUGAACAGAAAGCCCGACGCAAGUUGGAAGAGGCUGAGAAGAAAACUCGAGGAGGUGGAGGUUUCCUUGGUAAAAUUUUCGGAGGAGGUGGUGCUGAUGAAGCUGCUGAUCUGUUCAUUCAGCACGACGUUGGAAGAUCGACAGUUACCGAGGAUGAGGAUGGUGCUGCCGAUAUAUCAACUAGCUGUAGUGAUGCCGCAGUCGAAUGCGACUUGUGCGGUCGCGAAUUUCCCGAUGUUGUCGAAUUUGAAUCACACUACGAAGUUGCACAUUCUCACCAAUGUGUUGCUUGCUCGAAAAUGUUCAUUUCGAACAAAGCACUGGAAGUUCACAGCGAUGAAAAACACUGCCCUUUUCACAAAUUGCGGCUGGAGCAGAAUCCAAGCGGUUCUCAUUUCAAAUGUUACCACGAACAUUGUGAGCUUAGUUUUGCGAGUGAAGAUGAACGUAACGAUCACUGCCGGGAGAAACAUAACAUCAGAAGUGUUGAAGUCGUGAUUGAGCGACGAAAACUGGCGAAGAAGGCUGGAAAUUUGUUCAAAAUGGCAAAAUUGUGGAAAGAAGCUGGUGACGCGUUCGUAAGGGCAGCAGAACUUCAUGGAUCGAAGGUUGGAGAUUCCAAGCAUGAUUGUGCAAGCCAGUACGCGGAAGCCGCUAAUUGCUAUAGGAAGGUCAACCCACAGGCUGGAAAUUUGUUCAAAAUGGCAAAAUUGUGGAAAGAAGCUGGUGACGCGUUCGUAAAGGCAGCAGAACUUCAUGGAUCGAAGGGAGAUUCCAAGCAUGAUUGUGCAAGCCAGUACGCGGAAGCCGCUAAUUGCUAUAGGAAGGUCAACCCACAGCUAGCUGUGGAUUGUCUUUUGAAAACGUCUGAAAUCUACACUGACAUGGGCCGCUUCAACAUGGCUGCAAAAAAUCACGUAACAAUCGCAGAGCUAUUUGAGACGGAAUGUCCUGAUACAGAACAGUGUAUUCAACAUUACCAGAAAGCGGCUGAUUAUUAUAAAGGAGAGGAAUCUAAGAGUAGCGCCACCAAGUGUCUUAUUAAAGUAGCUCAGUAUGCUGCACAAUUGGAACAGUAUCAGAAAGCCAUAGCUGUUUUCGAAGAGAUUGCUAUGUGGGAAGCAGAUCAUCCUACUUUGAAAUAUGCUGCCAAAAACCAUUUCUUCCAAGCUCUGCUGUGCUAUCUUUGCAUUGAUCCGCUUGAUGCUCAACAUGCUCUAAAACGAUAUGAAGACGCUUCUCCCUCAUUCGCAGAUACACGCGAGGCAAAAUUGGUCAAGGAUCUCAUUGCUUGUUUGGAAGACGGUAACGAAGAGCUUUUCACCGACACUGUUAAAUCGUUUGAUAAAAUCAGUCGGCUUGAUCAGUGGCAUACAGGAUUGCUGGUUAAAAUCAAGCGGUCCAUCAACAAAGAAGAGGAAGAUGAUCUCAAGUAA